AUGCCGGCGAUGAAGGGUUCCAAGCUCCCGCCCGCGCGUUCACCAAAAGCACGUCUUCCACCUGUUGCGAUAGGCUCUAAGCAGCACAAGGAGAAAGAUCUGGAGGGUCAGGGGCGGGAGAAGGAAGAGGAGGAAGAAUCGCAACAACACGAAAAAACCACGUCCUCACUCCCGCAGCAAGGAGAGGCACACACAGAGGAGCUCGGCGUGCAGGACGCUCUUGUCCACCUCAAUCAGGUAAGCCGCGAGUUGAGAGAUGCGAGGGAGAUGUCCGACGAGCUCCUUGACAUCAUAACGAGAACCAACCCGACGACCUACCAAGAGAUCCUGAACAGCACCAAAAACACCAAGCUCCGCGACAUCAUGAAGAAAGCUAAGACCACGACUGGCGACACCACGCCUGAGGGGUUUCGACGCAUCUCUGCCCUGAUCCAGGACAACAACCAGGUGUUAACCCGCGAGUGUCACCGCCAGAUGGCCUCCCUCGGUGACGAGCGCGCGUCGGGGUCUUCCCUUACCGACGCCGGUGUGCAAGCUGGGGGAAGCGGUAGCGGUGGCGAUGGGACGGGCGGCGCCUCGUCUGCUCCUCCUCCUUCUCUCGGUGACAACGGCAACAGCGACCACGCCGGAGAAAGGGUGCCUGACGGUGAGGGCGCGGCGACCCUGCCCGACCUCGCCCUUGUCCAGAACAUGGCUGUCGCAGACGCUCUCCCGCGCUUCGUGAACGCCCUGCUGCAUCAAAAAGAACAGGAGCAGCAGCAGCAGCAGCAGUCGGGCGUCCCGAAGUUUACUUUCGGGAAAGCAGGUUCGGCGCCUUCAUCGCCAUCUGGACGGAAAACAGUGGCUACCAGCACGGACGACGACGAGACCGGGGGGGCUGCGGCGGCGGCGGCGGCGGCGGUGGCGGCUGCAACGGUCUCGCCCGCACGCUGCGGAGAAAGCUACACGUCGGCGCGUCGUGGCGGUGGCGGUGGCGGUGGCGGUGGCGGCGGUGUCAAGGCAAUCCCUAACCCCGACGGCGGAGGAAACUUCCGGGAGAGUUCUGGGCCGGGUCCUCAAGGACCCCGCUGCCCGGCGUGCGAGGAGGAGGACGCCGCCGUCCAGAGGGGUGCUCUCGAAGGGUGCCAGGGCGAAGGGGAGGGGGGGACGGUGGUGGGCUCAGGAGACGAAGAAGGCCAGGAGAAGAACAAGGGGCAGCAGUACGAGGAGGAGGAGCGACCGGCGGCGCUACGGGAGAUGGAGACCCAGGUUCGGAAGUCGCUGAAUGUGCUAUGGAUGUCUGAGGGGUGGGAUGGCGUGACCAGGCGGCGGGAGUCAGCGACGGCGGGCCCUCUCGCGGAGGCGUCCCGAGCCACUACUCUCGGCGAGACAAACGCCGCCGUGGCAGCAGACAGGGAUCCGACUCCUCCCACUGACAUAGUAAUCAGCGUCGGGCGGUGA